CAUGAGACCUGCCUCCUGGACCAGGUUCUGGAGCUUAUUAUGAGUGAGAAGCCUCAGUCUAACAGCACCAGUCUUUUCCUAAACGAAGACGCGGAAAAAACCCACGUACCCGAAAGAGCGGACUUAAAGAGGCGAGUUUGUGCGGCCAUGGAGAGGAGGGCGAGCAUCAUGAAGGACAAAAUAAAUUCCAUCAACAAGGAGAGCGUCAAAGGUGUUCUCAAAAGGAACCUCUUUGUUAUAUUCACUAUUGCUGCUGUGGCUUUGGGUAUCAUUUUGGGCUUCGCUUUACGCUCCCACAAUCUGUCCCUGAGGGAGAUCAAGUAUUUCUCCUUUCCUGGGGAGUUACUGAUGAGGAUGCUUAAGAUGCUGGUGCUGCCUCUGAUCGUCUCCAGCCUGGUCACAGGAAUGGCAUCCUUGGACAGCAAAGCAUCCGGGAAAAUGGGUGUACGCGCUGUAAUCUACUACAUGGUGACCACCCUGAUCGCUGUUUUCAUCGGCAUUGUCAUUGUAGUCAUCAUCAAGCCUGGCAAAGGCAGCAGGGACAGCCCCAUGGCAAAGAGUGGAAAUGUGGAACUUGUUCAUGCGACAGACGCUUUCCUGGAUCUCAUCAGGAACAUGUUUCCGCCCAAUCUUGUCGAAGCUUGUUUCAAGCAGUACAAAACCACGUACAAGCGGAUUAUGCACACGAGGAAUGUGACCAUGAGCCCUAACCUUACUGACAACGCGAUGAAUGUGGAAGACGCCAACUCCAAUCAUAGCGGGACCCUUCACACCAUCCAAGAGACAUUGGAGGAGACGGUACCCAUGUCGGGCAGCUCUGAUGGCGUCAACGCUCUGGGUCUGGUUUUCUUCUCCAUGUGCUUUGGUUUGGUCAUCGGCAACAUGAAGCAAAAGGGUCAGGCCCUCAGGGACUUCUUUGACUGCCUCAAUGAAGCCAUCAUGAGGCUGGUAGCGAUCAUCAUCUGGUAUGCACCGGUGGGCAUCCUCUUCCUAAUUGCGGGCAAGAUCAUGGAGAUGAAGGAUCUGGCGGAGAUGGGCGGCCAGUUGGCCAUGUACACGGUGUCGGUCAUUGUUGGCCUUCUCAUCCACGGCCUCUUUGUACUGCCGCUGCUUUACUUCAUGGUGACCAGGAAGAACCCUUACAGCUUCACCGCAGGCCUGCUGCAAGCACUCAUGACCGCUCUGGGAACCUCCUCCAGCUCUGCUACUCUGCCCAUCACUUUCCGAUGCCUGGAGGAGAAUAAUCGCGUGGACAAACGCGUGACCCGCUUUGUCCUACCCGUGGGCGCCACCAUCAACAUGGAUGGUACGGCACUCUAUGAAGCCGUCGCAGCAAUUUUUAUCGCCCAGGUCAAUGACAUGGAUCUGAACUUUGGCCAGAUUCUCACCAUCAGUAUCACGGCAACUGCUGCCAGUAUUGGAGCAGCAGGCAUUCCUCAGGCUGGCCUGGUUACCAUGGUGAUAGUAUUGACAUCAGUAGGACUUCCCACGGAGGACAUAACACUGAUCAUCGCUGUGGAUUGGUUCCUGGACCGCUUGCGUACUACCACCAACGUGCUGGGUGACUCUCUCGGGGCAGGCAUUUUGGAACACCUCUCUCGCGGAGAGCUGCAAAGUAAGGACGAAGAAGUGCGCAACUCGGUGAUCGAAGAGAACGAGAAGCCCUACCAACUCAUCUGCCAGGAUAAUGAUAUUGUGCACAACCACAACAACGAGACCACAAUGUGA